AUGGCCGCAACCUCGCAAUGGACCCCAUCGCCGACUACCGACAAACUCUCGCCAACACUCUUUAGAAGAGCGGGAAGCAGUAACGACAGCACCGUCGCCUCCUCAUGGUGCGUGCGCUCGACCAAAGGAACCUACUUCCGCGACACUCUGACCAUUGGUAGUCUCUCCACGAAGUCCGUUACGACCGGAUCGGUGGCUACCACAGGGUCGGUGGCGACAAGGGGGUCGGUGGCGACAAGGGGGUCGGUAGGCACCCAGUCUGUUACGGCGGGCUCAAUGAGAGAUGGGCAACCCCCUACUCCAGAUGGGCAGCUCCCUACUCCAAAGUUGAGGGUCGGCUCGCCGCGGUAUGGAGGAGUGGUUGACGAGGUACAAUUCCGUCAGGCCGUGUUCGCUAGUGAGUUUGGCGACGGAGCAAACAUCAAUGACGACUCAGCCGUCACGGGGGCCAGCAGUAGAGUCCCGGGCGGACGGGUGGCUGGCAUGGAGAAGGGUACUGUGCGCCAGGGAGUGUUUGACAGCGGCUAUGGGGCGUCGUGUCGUUUGUACGAUGACAGUAGUGAAUGUCUCUCCUCUUCAAGUUCUUCUGAGGACUUGUCGACUUUGGAUCUGCCCGGCGAUUGUCUGAGGUCUUCAUCGGAGUGUUCGGGUGUGUACUUGCAACGCGAGUAUUCCCUUAAUUGGGACAUUGGACAACCUAUCAUGACACAUGCCUUCAUUGUAAUGAAUCAGAGCAUCUUCUUCCAGAUCACAUGGAACAUGGUCGCCAGUUUCGUUGUCGUCUGGCUGAAAAUAAGCGUUUCGCGACGGGAACAUGCUUCCGGAUAUGUGAGAGCCUUGCUACAGGCAAUGUACUUAUUUGUCAGCUACCGGAAUGCUUUGGAACUGGCAAAAAGGUCACCCCAUAACCGCAUCACUAACCGAAUCGUUACCUCGGCCCACCUUCUGUACACCACAACCAUCGUUACCUUUGUUCUGUACAGUCUCACUCUAGGAGGCCAACCAACAACGACUAUUGGCGGAACAACGACUAUUGGCGGAACAACGUACACAAUGGUCAUUCCGCCCGCGCUACUGUGGGGGCCGGCGGUUUAUGUUUUAGGCGCCUACACAGUGGCCUGCUUCUGCCUCAUAUUCAAGCCUAAUCUGAGCAGAUUUGACGGCUUUAAAAAGAGUCUUAAAAACAUAGUUCCUCAAAGGAAAACAGGCCCAAAUGUUUGGUUUGCGAAAUCUAAAUUCUAG